AUGGGAUCUCAAGAAGACCCCCCAAUAACUCCAAGGCUAGUGAGCAAACAGGUGCUAGACCCCAAAGAGCCAGCUGAGCUCACUGCUUUCUUGCCGACCCUGGAGUUUGAGGGAAGACAGCAUCCAUCUGUUAAAACUUUUGGCCUCAAAGGGGCACAAAGUCUCCAAAGAAAAAAUGCAGUUUGCUCAAACUCAGGUUCGAUACUUAGGGUACCUGAUCUCAGAACAAGGACUACAUUUGGAUCCAGGCUAGAGGCCCGCUCUGGCCAGCCCCCUAAGCUCGGUCCUCAGGGAGGCAUGGCGAAGUCCAGGGGCCGACGCUACCUUUGGAUGUGCUUGGCUGCGGUGCUGGCAUCUUUCCUGGCAGGAUUUAUGGUGGGCUGGUUUAUUAAGCCUUUCAAAGAAAGCACUUCACUGGGCUAUCAUCAAAGUAUGCGGUGGAACCUGGUAUCUGAGAUGAAAGCUGAAAAUAUUAAAUCAUUUCUUCGUUCUUUUACAAAGCUCCCUCAUCUGGCAGGAACAGAACAAAAUUUACUUCUUGCCAAGAAAAUCCAAACCCAGUGGAAGAAAUUUGGACUGGAUUCAGCCGAGUUGGUUCAUUAUGAUGUUCUCCUAUCCUACCCUAAUGAGACAAAUGCCAACUAUAUAUCAAUCGUGGAUGAACAUGGAAUUGAGAUUUUCAAUACAUCAUACCUUGAGCCACCACCAGAUGGAUAUGAGAAUGUUACAAACAUUGUUCCACCAUAUAAUGCUUUCUCAGCCCAAGGCAUGCCAGAGGGAGAUCUUAUAUAUGUGAACUAUGCUCGUACUGAAGAUUUUUUCAAACUGGAAAGAGAGAUGAACAUCAAUUGCAGUGGAAAGAUUGUUAUUGCAAGAUAUGGAAAAAUCUUCAGAGGAAAUAAAGUUAAAAAUGCCAUGUUAGCAGGAGCCAUAGGCAUCAUCUUGUACUCCGAUCCAGCUGACUACUUUGCCCCUGGGGUACAGCCAUAUCCUAAAGGAUGGAACCUUCCUGGAACUGCAGUGCAGAGAGGGAAUGUGUUAAAUUUGAAUGGUGCUGGUGACCCACUCACUCCAGGCUAUCCGGCUAAAGAGUACACUUUUAGACUUGAUGUCAAAGAAGGAGUGGGAAUCCCCAAGAUCCCUGUACAUCCUAUUGGGUAUAACGAUGCAGAAGUAUUGUUACGUCACAUGGGAGGAACUGCUCCACCAGAUGACAGCUGGAAGGGAAGUCUUAAUGUGGAUUACAACAUUGGGCCUGGCUUUGCAGGGCAUGAUUCCUUCAGGAAGGUUAGAAUGCAUGUUCAUAACACCAAUAAAAUUACAAGGAUUUAUAAUGUAAUUGGAACAAUCAGAGGAUCUGUGGAACCUGACAGGUAUGUUAUUCUAGGAGGUCAUCGGGACUCCUGGGUGUUUGGAGCUAUUGACCCAACCAGUGGAGCUGCUGUUUUGCAAGAAAUCGUCCAGAGUUUUGGAAAACUGAUGGGUAGAGGCUGGAGACCUAGAAGAACAAUAAUUUUUGCCAGCUGGGAUGCAGAAGAAUUUGGGCUGCUGGGCUCCACAGAAUGGGCUGAGGAGAAUGCAAAAACACUCCAGGAGAGAAGCAUUGCUUAUAUCAAUUCUGAUUCAUCUAUAGAAGGCAAUUAUACUCUGAGAGUUGACUGUACACCCCUUCUUUACCAAUUGGUGUAUAAACUGACAAAAGAGAUAUCCAGCCCAGAUGAUGGUUUUGAGAGUAAGUCUCUUUAUGAAAGCUGGUUGGAAAAGGACCCUUCAUCUGAAAAUAAAGAUUUUCCUAGAAUCAACAAGCUGGGAUCUGGAAGUGAUUUUGAAGCUUACUUUCAGAGACUUGGGAUUGCUUCAGGCAGAGCCCGUUACACUAAGAACAGGAAAACAGAUAAGUACAGCAGCUACCCGGUAUACCAUACAAUUUAUGAGACGUUUGAAUUAGUAGAGAAUUUUUAUGACCCUACUUUUAAAAAACAGCUUUCAGUGGCUCAGUUACGAGGGGCACUGGUUUAUGAGCUUGCAGACUCUAUAAUCAUUCCUUUCAAUAUUGAAGACUAUGCAAAAGCUUUGAAAAACUAUGCAACAAGCAUCUACAAUUUAUCUAAGAAACAUGACCAACGAUUGAGAGACCAUGGAGUAUCAUUUGAUUCUUUAUUUUCUGCUGUGAAAAACUUCUCAGAUGCUGCUUCAGAUUUUCAUAGAAGACUCACAGAAGUUGAUCUUAACAAUCCUAUUGCAGUGAGAAUCAUGAAUGACCAGUUGAUGCUCCUGGAGAGAGCAUUCAUCGAUCCUCUUGGUUUACCAGGGAGGCGGUUCUAUAGGCACAUCAUCUUUGCUCCCAGUAGCCACAACAAAUACGCUGGAGAAUCAUUUCCUGGGAUCUACGAUGCUAUGUUUGAUAUUGAAAAUAAAGAAGACCCUCAAUCAGCCUGGACAGAAGUAAAGAAACACAUUUCUAUUGCAGCCUUUACAAUUCAAGCAGCAGCAGGAACCCUGAAAGAAGUGUUAUAG